AUGCCCGCCACAACCGCAGAGACACUCUCACUUGUGAGCAGGCAAGUCUCAGUUGCUCCUCUUGUCCUCCUCUCGGCAGCAGAUCAUUAUGGCCGCUCUGCCAAGGGCACGCGGAAACGGGUGGUCGGUGUCUUGUUAGGACAAAAUGACGGCAAGAAUGUCCGGGUUUCGAAUUGUUUCGCAGUGCCUUUUGAAGAGGAUGAGAAAGACCCUUCCGUCUGGUUCCUCGAUCACAACUAUGUCGAAUCAAUGCGAGAAAUGUUCAAGAAGGUCAACGCCCGAGAAAAGCUGAUAGGCUGGUAUCAUUCCGGUCCCAAACUACGGGCGUCUGAUCUCGAGAUCAAUGAGCUCUUCAAGAAAUACACACCAAACCCUCUACUCGUCAUCGUCGAUGUUCAGCCCAAAGAAGUUGGUGUGCCCACCGACGCCUACUUUGCCAUUGAGGAGAUCAAAGAUGACGGGACAACUACAACCAAGACAUUUGUGCAUAUACCUUCGAUCAUUGAAGCCGAAGAAGCAGAAGAGAUCGGGGUGGAGCAUCUUCUGAGAGAUAUCCGAGACGUCGCGGUCGGCACAUUGUCCGCGAGAAUCACACAACAACUUCAGUCUCUCCAAGGUCUCCAUCUGCGGUUAAAAGAUAUUGGCGCAUACUUGGAGAAAGUGCUCGAUGGCGAAUUGCCUAUCAAUCAUGCCAUCCUGGGCAAUCUGCAGGACAUCUUCAACCUCCUCCCGAACCUGACACCUCCCGCAUCCCGUCCGAAUGGCAAGCAACAGAUUGAGAACAGCGAGCUUGCGCGCGCCAUGAGCGUCAAGACCAACGACCAGCUCAUGACCAUCUACCUGAGUUCCCUUGUCCGCGCCAUCACUGCCUUCCACGAUCUGAUUGACAACAAGAAUCAGAAUCGGCAGCAGCAAGAAGAGAAGGAUGCAAAGAAGGAUGAAGCAGAGAAGACUGGUGAAAAGGAGAAGGCCAAGGACAAGGAUGAGAAGAAAGCCAAUGGCGAGGUGAAUGGUGACAAGAAGGAGACUGAAGAUUCAAGUAACGCGAAGGUGAAAGGGAAGAAGCGGAGCUAA